ACUUCUCAGAGGCAGGAAAUACUUUGCAGGCAAUCUGGGCCUGGUUGUGGAGGCCCCUCUCGCAAAACAUCAGUCUGCAUUUAGAAGACAGAAGUCACUAGGAACGCCUUGACGGGAUCCGGCUUUAGCUGAGGCUCCCUCCAGCUGCAGAGGGUGUUUUUGUUAGAAUCACCCACUGCCUGCGUAAGGAGAACUGCUUAGAAUAGAGCUGUGACCUCAGCCACGAAAUGUGAACUUAGAUUUGGGGGACGCUAACGGGACGGACUCCUCUCCUACCCUGGCUGGAACAGCAUCAUGUCUUGGCAGCACAGAAACUCCAGGUCCAGGCGACAAAAUGGCAGAACACGCUAGCUUCCUUGAUCCAUGAAUUCAAAACCAUCUUUCGUCAAGUUCCAUCCCCGGCAAGAGUCAUAUGGAAUGCAUCUCCUUGUCUGUUGUUAAGCUAUGGUGACAUGUCUGUAGCUAUCAGAAAAAGGAGCUGGGAAGAGCAUGUGACCCAACAGACUGAGCAGCCUUUUAAUUCUGAUGAGUAUGACAUAGCAUGUCAUCACGGACUGGCAUCCGACAGCUUGCAGGCAAGUAUGGAUAAAGAUGCAACCUUAAAUGCUGGCCAUAAAGAGAAGUGCGCCUCUCUGCCAGACUGCUGGUGUGGGCCAGAGCCCAGAGACUUUCCUGGGAGGCCAAUGGGUCAUAUUUCACAGGAAGUGGAUGAAAGAGGCAGCCAGGAAGGGGAGGGGCGGUUUCUGUCUCUGGAGGCCAGCACAGAAACUCUAGUACACAUUUCUGAUGAGGAAACUGAUUCUGAACUCCACCUUACCCAUGAUGCACAGAUUUUAACUCCCCAAACACAUGACAGAGAUGGCCAAUGUGGUGUCGACGGAGCGGGCUCCCUCAUGAAGACACUGUCCACUAUGCAAAGUAACCAAGAUUCACAUAACUCCUGGAGGAAGGCUAGUAUAGCCGAUACGUCUCCAGCAGAAGAAAGUGUGGGGAGGCAAGGUGCUGAUGCUGUAACUAAAAGCCUGGAGCUUUGUGAGGAUAUAAGUUCAAACGAAACAAAAGAUGUGCCCAAAGUAAGUACAUUCGAUUCUUUGAAUGUGGAAGAUGCCACACCUGAGACACAAUUGCUUAAUUCUGCGGUAAUUGCUCAGCAACGAAGGAAACCUGACUUUCCUAAAGAGGAACAGGAAAAAAAUCGCCCCGGCGUAGUAGAAGUGGAGUUCUUGGCUGCUCCUUAUGCAGACAGAGGGCUGCCAUUAUUAAAAGCAGAUUGCGGAAGCUGCCUUCUGCAGCCUCCUUCCUGUCCCGGUGGAAUGUCAGCAGAAAAUGACCUGGAGAGGAGUGGGCUCUCAGAACAUCAAAACAAAAGCCCUCUCAAGGUCAACACAGAAGAUGGCAUGCAGUGUUUACACUUAAGGGGCCCAGUGGCCACCCAGGAGACCAUAGACAAUCAAGUCAGACUGCGCAAGAGAAAGGAAACAAGGGAUGAUCGAGACAGAACGCGGCUGGACUCCAUGGUGCUGCUAAUCAUGAAACUGGACCAACUAGACCAAGACAUCGAGAAUGCCCUCAGCACUGCCUCUUCCCCAUCCAGCACCCCAACGAACCUGCAGCGGCAUGCCACUCAGGAUCUUGAAUCAGGAUCUGAAAGCGGAGCAGACAGUAUCUCAGUAAAUCAGACACAGGUGACUCUGUCUUCUAACCCUAACUCCACCGACCUAUCAUCCACUCCAGGGAGCAAUUCUGGAACCAAACCCAAGGCCAUGGCCGUUCCAUGUAUUGGAGAAAAGGAAAUGGCUGAAAUUGAAGCCAAAGAAGCUUGUGAUUGGCUGCGGGUAACUGGAUUCCCCCAGUAUGCACAGCUUUAUGAAGAUCUCCUGUUCCCUAUCGAUAUUUCUCUGGUCAAGAGAGAACAUGAUUUCUUGGACAGAGAUGCCAUUGAGGCCCUAUGCAGGCGACUGAAUACGUUAAACAAGUGCGCAGUGAUGAAGCUGGAGGUCAGCCCUCACCGGAAGCGAAGUGAGGACUCGGAUGAAGAUGAGCCUUGUGCAAUAAGUGGCAAGUGGACGUUUCAGAGGGACAGCAAGAGGUGGUCCCGGCUUGAAGAGUUUGAUGUCUUUUCUCCAAAGCACGACCCAAUCCCUGGGUCCCCUGACGACCCUCACUUGCGGAGCGCCACAAGCCACGAGAGCAUGCUCACAGACCUCAGUGAGCGCCAGGAGGUGUCCUCUGUCCGAAGCCUCAGCAGCACCAGCAGCGUCCCCACGCACGUGCCCCACAGUGGGGAUGCCGUGACACCCCGAACGAAUUCCGUCAUCAGCGUCUGCUCCUCCAGCCACUUCGUAGGCAACGAUGACUCUUUCUCCAGCCUCCCGUCCCCCAAGGAACUGUCCAGCUUCAGCUUCAGUAUGAAAGGCCACGAGAAAAACACCAAGUCUAAGACACGGAGCCUGCUGAAACGGAUGGAGAGCUUGAAGCUCAAGGGCUCCCACCACGGCAAGCACAAGGCGCCUUCGAAGCUGGGGUUGAUCAUCAGCGCUCCCAUUCUGCAGGAGGGGAUGGAUGAGGAGAAGCUGAAGCAGCUGAACUGCGUGGAGAUAUCAGCCCUCAAUGGCAACCACAUCAACGUGCCCAUGGUACGAAAAAGGAGUGUGUCCAACUCCACCCAGACCAGCAGUAGCAGCAGCCAGUCAGAGACCAGCAGUGCUGUCAGCACCCCGAGCCCAAUCACCAGGACACGGAGCCUCAGCACCUGUAACAAGCGGGUGGGCAUGUAUCUCGAGGGCUUCGACCCUUUCAGUCAGUCCGCCUUGAAUAACGUGACAGAGCAGAACUAUAAGAACCGGGAGAGCUACCCGGAGGACACAGUGUUCUACAUUCCGGAAGAUCACAAGCCUGGCACCUUCCCCAAGGCCCUCUCCAAUGGCAGUUUCUGUUCCUCGGGAAGCAGUUCUGUGAACUGGAGGACUGGAAGCUUCCAUGGCCCCGGCCACCUCAGCCUACGGAGAGAAAACAGCAGUGACAGUCCUAAGGAACUAAAGAGACGCAAUUCCUCCAGCUCGGUGAGCAGCCGCCUAAGCAUCUAUGACAACGUGCCGGGCUCCAUCCUGUAUUCCAGCUCGGGGGACCUGGCCGACCUAGAGAAUGAGGACAUCUUCCCUGAGCUGGAUGACAUUCUCUACCACGUGAAGGGGAUGCAGCGGAUAGUCAACCAGUGGUCUGAAAAGUUUUCCGAUGAGGGGGACUCGGACUCAGCCCUGGACUCCGUGUCUCCCUGCCCGUCGUCUCCAAAACAGAUACACCUGGACGUGGACCAUGACCGAAGGACACCCAGUGACCUGGACAGCACGGGCAACUCCCUCAACGAGCCUGAGGAGCCCACUGACAUCCCAGAAAGAAGGGACUCUGGGGUGGGGGCAUCCCUGACCAGGUGCAAAAGGCACAGACUGAGAUGGCACAGCUUCCAGAGCUCUCACCGGCCAAGCCUAAACUCUGUAUCUCUGCAGAUUAACUGUCAGUCUGUGGUCCAGAUGAACCUACUGCAGAAAUACUCACUCCUGAAACUGACAGCCCUGCUGGAGAAAUACACGCCUUCCAACAAGCAUGGCUUUAGCUGGGCCGUGCCCAAGUUCAUGAAAAGGAUCAAGGUUCCAGACUACAAAGACCGGAGCGUGUUUGGGGUCCCGCUGACUGUGAAUGUGCAGCGCUCAGGGCAGCCCCUGCCUCAGAGUAUCCAGCAGGCCAUGCGCUACCUCCGGAACCAUUGUCUGGACCAGGUUGGGCUCUUCAGAAAAUCGGGUGUCAAAUCCAGGAUUCAGGCGCUACGGCAGAUGAAUGAGAGUGCGGAAGACUAUGUCAACUACGAAGGCCAGUCCGCGUACGAUGUGGCAGACAUGCUAAAGCAAUACUUUCGAGAUCUUCCUGAGCCCCUCAUGACGAACAAACUCUCGGAAACCUUCCUGCAGAUCUACCAGUAUGUGCCCAAGGACCAGCGCCUCCAAGCUAUCAAGGCAGCCAUUAUGCUCCUGCCUGACGAGAACCGGGAAGUUCUCCAGACGCUUCUCUACUUCCUGAGCGACGUCACAGCGGCCGUGAAAGAAAACCAGAUGACUCCCACCAACCUGGCUGUGUGCUUAGCCCCUUCUCUCUUCCACCUCAACACCCUGAAGAGAGAGAAUUCUUCCCCAAGGGUCAUGCAAAGAAAACAGAGUUUGGGGAAACCAGACCAGAAAGAUCUGAAUGAAAACCUAGCUGCCACGCAAGGGCUGGCCCACAUGAUUGCUGAGUGCAAGAAGCUCUUCCAGGUUCCCGAGGAAAUGAGCCGAUGUCGAAACUCUUACACUGAGCAAGAGCUGAAGCCCCUCACACUGGAGGCCUUGGGACACUUGAGUAGUGACCAGCCUGCCGACUACAGACACUUCCUCCAGGACUGUGUGGAUGGCCUGUUUAAGGAGGUCAAAGAAAAGUUCAAAGGCUGGGUCAGCUACCCUACUUCUGAACAGGCCGAGCUGUCCUAUAAGAAGGUCAGUGAAGGGCCCCCGCUAAGGCUUUGGAGGUCAACCAUUGAAGUCCCUGCGGCACCCGAGGAGAUCUUAAAACGUCUCCUGAAAGAGCAGCACCUCUGGGACGUGGACCUGCUGGACUCGAAGGUGAUAGAAACCCUGGACAGCCAGACCGAAAUCUACCAGUACGUUCAAAACAGCAUGGCACCGCACCCUGCUCGGGACUACGUCGUGUUGAGGACCUGGAGGACUAACUUACCCAGGGGAGCCUGCGCCCUCUUACUCACCUCUGUGGAUCAUGACCGGGCACCUGUGGUGGGGGUGAGGGUUAAUGUGCUCCUGUCCAGAUAUUUGAUGGAACCCUGCGGGUCAGGAAAAUCCAAACUCACCUACAUGUGCCGAGCUGAUUUAAGGGGCCACAUGCCGGAGUGGUACACAAAAUCUUUUGGACAUUUGUGUGCAGCUGAGGUGGUAAAGAUCCGGGACUCCUUCAGUAAUCAGAACACUGAAACCAAGGAUACCAAAUCUAGGUGAUCACGGAGGCCAAGCACCUGAGUCUGCUGCCUGGGUGAUUGUUUCUAGAACCUUGUCAGUCCUCGGAGGAGUCCGUCUGGGUCUCGUUGACUAUAGCAAUUUGACGAGAUUCUGUUUUUUCAAAGCUGCUUCCUGUUUGUCUUAGGUCUAUGUUACAGACCUUGACUGGAUUAUAUAAGACUUGGGACGUGGGGUGGGGAGUACUUGUAUUAAUUCAGAUUGCUUCUGAGAAGCAAGAACUCUUUCGGCGCGUACGGGAAGAUGGUGGGGAGGAUGUCGUCCUCUCGCGACGUCAGCGCAUGUGUACCUAUGUAGUUUGUUUGCGGCGUGUUGAGGGACUGAUGUAUCCACUGGAAGGGUUGGUACUCGUUGACAGGUCUUGUCCCCGAGAUGAGCAGAGAACGGUUUGCACAGAGAAGCGUGAAUGUGUGUGUUGCUGGCUGAGUGGCACAGAUGGAGAGUUGGGACGCAGUGUCUGGCACACUGAGAUGCUCCGCAGGGGAUGCUGAUGCUUACACCAGGCUUAGCUCCACCUGGAGUACCCAGGGAUCUACCCAGAAGGGGAGCCCAGCUAGCCCCCUUCUCCCUCUCCCCCUAGGGUUUUGUGGUGGUGUUUUGGGAGGGGUUGGGUCUUCUUCUUGUUCUUCUUCUUGUUCUUCUUCUUGUUCUUCUUGUUCUUCUUCUUGUUCUUCUUGUUCUUGUUCUUGUUCUUCUCCUCCUCCUCCUCCUCCUCCUCCUCCUUCUCCUUCUCCUUCUUUCCUUUUCUUCAAACCUUUACUUUCCCAAAAACUAGAGUUUCCAACGACUGUAGUCUUAAGAAGCAUCCUCUCCACUCCCUUGACUGGCUCCAAAGGAAGGCUUUUAUUGACGUGAGAUGUCAAGGCCUAAUGCUAACAUCUACAAGCAAAGUACCAAAACUUUUUUUUUUUUUUUUUUUUUUUUUAGUUUCUGGGACUGGGAGUUGAACCCAGGGCCUUUUAUAUGCCAGGCAAGCACUCUACAGCGGACUUUAUCCCCAGCUCUGUUUUGAUCUUUUACUUUGAGACAGGAUCUUACCACAUUGCCCAGGCUGGUCUUGAACAACUAACUGACUGUAUAGCAGAGGCUCCUGUCUCAGUCCGUCUAAUAGCUGGGAUAAGAGGUGUUCAUCGACACUUUUUACCUGUUACAAUGCAUAGUAUUUUAUGCUUGUGACGUAAACUCUAAGAUAAACAAGGGAACACAGGGAAAUAUGUCCCCAUAGCGUUAACCCAAGCACAAGAGGCUUUUGAUUAUUGAUGAUUAUUGGUGUUAUUAGUGUUCCUGACAGCUACCGUGUGUGUGUAUUUUCAUUGGGUUUGUCCUCAUGAACAACUGGGUUUUCUAUUUGUUAUUUUUCUUCCAUUUCUUUUUUCUUUUCUCUCAUAAUGCCCUUGAACUGUAUUUUCGUAAUAAUGGGGGAUAGAAAUCUCAGUGAAAAACAGAUAGUGCAGGUGUGUUUGGAAGGGUUGUCUUUAUACAGGUUUUACUGUAAUGGUAAAGAUUGACUCAAGACAGUAUUAGUAAAUUUAUUUUGUAUGGAUCAAAAAAUGAAUAACAUAUGAAUGAGAGUCGAAGAAGGAUUUUUAUUUUGUUAUAACUUAGUUACCUUGUCAGUAUUAUUUCAGAGGUUCUUUGAAGAAUUGCGGGGGGGUCAGAGUAGAGUUUUAAAAUUUGAGUAUUUGAAUUAUCAGUGUUGCUUGUGAAGAUGUGCGUGUAUAUUCUAACUUCGUUGGCUUCUGGGUCUGUAAGAUUGUAUGCUGUAUAUACCAUUUUAUUGAGAAACAUGUACACAUGUCUGUCCACUGUGCUUUCAGACAUAGAUAAAGCAUGAUAAAGAUUAUUAUUUAAAAUGUACUUGUAUUUAUACCUCAGAUAUUCUUUUGGGUUUUGUACCUCAAGGUUCCCCUCUCCGCAUUGUAAAUACACUUACGUGAAUACAGUUAUAGUGAAAAAAAAGAGUAAAUAAAGGAAGAGGUUUAUAAUUUGCCCUAUAUCUGUACAGAGUAUAUUCAGUAAAUGCACUAUUAAAUGUUUAAAGUAAGGGAAAGAGUCUGGCCUGCAUUCUGCAUUGCAUCUUCCUCCGCCCUUAGAAGCAGGGAUUGCAAAGCAGAGCGGCCCAGUGCCAACCGAAAUCCAAAGAUACAUUGCCUGAAAGAAAAAUUGGAUGACGAAUCAUUCCAAGGCCAAGCUGCGACUGAGCCACUCACCCACAAACAGGAAACCCUGGUGAAGGUUCAGGAAGCCUGGAGAUUCUCUCCACACCAAGGUCAGACACGAUGCUGAGAAUUUACGAGAAAGGAGCAGCAGCAAUGGGACAAUUCUUAGAAGCAAAGUCAAGGUCACUGAUUACUCCGCAAAAGGUCUCUUUCCCAUGUUGAACUUUCCUGUUGAAGGGAUUCCUUACGUCUGGCCGGAGAAGAAUUCAGAGUGCCUCGGGACUGUCUAAGAACUAGGCUUACAUCGAGUAACAUCCCACAACUUGUCCAUGUGAGUCUUGGUCUAGAUUGUGAGUUCUUCAAGGGCAGGCGCAUCUCCAGCACACCUUUGUAAUCCUCUACAGCAGCUUUCAGUGUUUUGUACUUGUAGACACCUAAUAAAUUUAUCAUUUGCUAAAAAAACA